AAACUGCAACGGAAGUUGAGAAAAUCGUUCACGACGAGGGAAGAAAAAAAAAAAUUGUUUUGUAUCCUAAGGGCUGGAGAGAAUCGAUAGAUCAUUGGUAAUUGUUAUUACUUGAUAAGAUUGAUAUAUUCAUGUUAUUUGCUCACGUUUCAUGCAGGGAAAGUUAUUGAUCUAAAAGCUGAGUUUCCAUGCAAUCACUGAUUCUAUUGCAAGCCUAUAACGUUGGUUUAUCUGGAAGAAUCUGGCAUUGAUGUUGUGAUCGGACCUUUAUCAGACAAUUUCGUGCAACUGUAGGAAGAUAAUUUGUGUGUUCAGACAAUUAGUCCAUUUAAACCUGAAGCGCCGGGAAGAUAUGAGACCGAUUUGAGCUGCUUAAGUGCAAGUGAUUCACUGAUUCACUCUUCUAUGAACUCGUUUGAUCUUAUCGGUUCUGAUCCGUGGAGAUGUCUCUGGUAGCGUACGACAGCAGCGACGACAGCGAUCGGGAUGACGCGCCGAGUUUACCCACUCGACCCGCGGGGAAUAUCGGGGGACUCUUCGCGUCUCUGCCUGUGCCGAAAAACUCGGAUGCCCGAUCAAGCACAGAUCCGACAGCAGAUUCUCAGCCUAAAAGGAUGAAUUUGGAUCUUCCCAAACCAAAGAAGCGCACUGAUCCUGUUAAAAUCACCGUACCUGAAAUAAAGCCAGCAGAUUCUGAUUCUGAUGACGACGAGCCCGUGCGAAAGAAAUCAGCCCCUCAGGGCGGUGGUGGUCUUUCUUCUCUACUUCCCCAGCCUAAGAAUCUGGUUGUGAAGGAGGCCCAGCGGCCCCUGGUGCCCCACACCCUAACAAAACGCCCUGGAUCAGAUCCGCCCAAGAGAACUGCAUCAAAGUCCCAGGCCCUCUCUGGCACCAGCCCGUCCCCAUCAGCCAUCAAAGCUGCUGCCAAAUCAGCAGCGAUGCAGCUAGCCAAACAAAUAGCAGCUGACGAAGAUGGAAGUGAUGAUGAACUCACUCCAGAGAACUACUUCUCCCUUCCAGAAAGCUCAUCACAGUCUGUGAUGUUACAAAACCCUGAUCCUCAACAGUAUGUUCCCUCUCUACACACUCCGCCCAGUGUGGAGAAUGCCCCAUUGGACUUUGGUUCUUCUAAUAAAGGAAGUUACACUAAGUCAGUUGGAGCCAUGCAAGACUAUCAGAGUGGAGAAUAUCAAGAUCAGUACCAGGAGUUUCCAGAGAAUCCACUGCCAGAGGCCUCUCCACAGGAUUACUAUGGGGAGGGUUACUACCAAGACCCGAAUCCUGCAGAUGUUGAGCCAGAUGAAUCAGGGUCCUCUUCGAUGUUCAAUGAUGAAGCAUUUCGGCGGCUGCAGGGAAAACAGAAUCGGGGACGAGAAGAGAUCAAGUUCCUGGAGAUCAAAGGAGAUGAUCAGCUGAGUGGCAACAAGCAGUGGAUGACCAAAAACAUGACAACAGAGCUGGAGCCACGCAAGUCCUUCAGCAAGAAAAAAGGAGAUCAGCCAACCGGUCAACAGAGACGCAAGCACCAAAUCACAUACCUGAUUCAUCAGGCCAAGGAACGAGAGCUGGAACUGAAGAACAACUGGGCAGACAACAAGUUGACUCGGCGACAAACGCAAGCCAAGUACGGAUUCUAGUGGACGUCAGGCUGGAUGUAAAGAUAAAUUUGGGCAGAUUUUAACAGAGACUGCAGUCGAUACAGAAAUGUAAAAUAUCUUGUUGCCAGCUUUUAAGAGGUGUGAUACCUGUUUGUAUUAUUUCAGAAUGGAGCUAAGGAAUGCAAAGCUGUAUUGGCUGCUAUUACAGAGGUUAAGAUGGCAUCCAAAUGUCUACUGAAUAUGAAUGUUGUCUUCCCGUUGAUAUUAUAUACUCCGUUUGGUUUUAGUUCCGUUAUAAAUAGUCACAGGUAACAUAUUUGUAGCCAUUUAGAUCCAAUCACAUGAUUUUGUUAUUAUGUUACUGGGAUGUUGCAUCUUACUGUGAUGGAACUUUUCUGGGUGGGCAUUGUCUUCUGUGGCGAGUUAAAAAAAAAAGGGUGGGGGGUUAAAUCUUAAAAAGUGUUGGAGUGAAUCUUCCCAUCCUAGACUCAGUCUUUUAAAGGAAUAGUUCACCAAAAAAUUAUUUACUUACACUUAUGCUGUCUCAGACUCAUAUGGCAUACUUUCUUCUGAACACAGAGGAUAUUUUGAUGGAGAUAUGUCUGUUUGUACAUACAAUGAACACUUUCAAGUAUAAAGGUAAUCCAUACUACUCAAGUGGUUCUCUAACCCAAACCGAUCGUAUAGCUUCAGAAGACAAGGAUGAAACCAAUCAAGUUGUAUGGUUGAUCUUUAUGCUGCCUUUAUGUCCUUUUUGGAGCUUAGAAACGUUAGACACCAUUGACUUGCAUUGUAUGGACAAAAACGGAUCAUAUCUCCAAAAUAACUUCGUCUGUGUUCCACAGAAGAAAGUAAGUCAUACAAGUUUGAGAGUGAGUAAAUGAUGAUAGAAUUUGCAUUUUUAGUUGAACUGUUUCUUUAACGGCUUGUUUUUAUUUGAACGGCUUCUUAGUCGGAACCCUAAUGUUGAAUCUUGAAUAAAGAAUGAGUUUCAUUGCAUCUUAAGAAAAUGUACAAAAAAAUAAUAAUCUUUUGUGUGUGAAAAAGUUCUUACAUCACUGCCAGAAAUUAAAAUGCAUCUGGGCAACAACAACAAAAAAACUAUAAAAUGUCUAAAAAAAAAAUGUGUUCAGGAAACAAAGGAAAACCUAAAAAUAAAGUUAAUAACAUUUUAA